CUUUCUGCAGCAGGAACCUGGCUGCCGCGCAAGGGGGGCGCGGUGAAUCUUGACCUUUGCCCCGGCCUCGUGUAGGUGAUGAACUAGCAGCGGCGUGGGGACCUAGUGUAUUUCCCCGGAAGCCUGCUUUCUCCAGCAGAACCCGUUUCCGGUCUCGGAGCCCCACGAUGUACCUGGUGCGAUCGCUGCUGCUGCUGCUGCCGCCCCUGUGCUGGGCCGUGGAAGUCAGGAGGCCCCGGGGCGUCUCCCUCACCAAUCACCACUUCUACGACGAGGCCAAGCCUUUCACGUGCCUGGAUGGCUCCGCCACCAUCCCUUUCGAUCAGGUGAACGACGACUACUGUGACUGCAAGGAUGGCUCUGACGAGCCGGGCACGGCUGGCUGUGGCAGCUUCCACUGCACCAACGCCGGCUACAAGCCCCUGUACAUCCCCUCCAGCCGGGUCAACGACGGAGUGUGUGACUGCUGCGAUGGGACCGACGAGUACAACAGCGGCGUGGUCUGCGAGAACGCCUGCAAAGAAAAGGGUCGCAAGGAGCGGGAGUCCCUGCAGCAGAUGGCAGAGGUCACCCGGGAGGGCUUCCGCCUGAAGAAGAUCCUUAUCGAGGACUGGAAGAAGGCCCGCGAGGAAAAGCAGAAAAAGCUCCUUGAGCUACAGUCUGGAAAGAAGUCUCUGGAAGAUCAGGUGGAGAUGCUGCGGACAGCGAAGGAGGAGGCCGAGAAGCCGGAAAAGGAGGCCAAAGAACGGCACCAGAAGAUGUGGGAAGAGCAGCAGGCUGCCCUCAAGGCCCAGCGGGAGCAGGAGCUGGCGGCCACCGCCUUCCAGGAGCUGGACGAUGACCUGGACGGGGUGGUCUCUGUAGCGGAGCUCCAGACCCACCCGGAGCUGGACACUGAUGGGGACGGGGCGCUGUCAGAAGGGGAAGCCCAGGCCCUCCUCGGCGACGGGCAGACCGGGGCCGCCUCCUUCUACGACCGCGUCUGGGCGAGCAUCCGGGACAAGUACCGGUCUGAGGCGCUGCCCACCGACCCGCCCGCUCCGGCCUCUGACCAGAAGGAGCCCUCGGAGGAGCAGCCGCAGGCACCCGCGCCGCCCGCAGAGGAAGACGAGGAGGAGGAGGAAGAGGAGGAGGCGGAGGAGGAGGAAGAAGAGGAAGAGGACUCCGAGGUCCCGGGGGAGCCGCCCAAGGAGGCCCCGCCCCCUCUGGCGCCCCCGCAGACCCACCCAGCAGAGGAGGACAAGAUGCCGCCCUAUGACGAGCAGACUCAGGCCUUAAUCGACGCCGCCCAGGAGGCCCGCAGCAGGUUCGAGGAGGCCGAGCGCUCGCUGAAGGAGAUGGAGGAGACCAUCAGUAACCUGGAGCAAGAGAUCUCGUUCGACUUCGGCCCCGAAGGGGAGUUCGCCUACCUGUACAGCCAGUGCUACGAGCUGGCCACCAACGAGUACGUCUACCGGCUCUGCCCCUUCAAGCUGGUCUCGCAGAAACCCAAGCUGGGCGGCUCCCCCACCAACCUCGGCACCUGGGGCUCCUGGGCUGGCCCCGAGCAUGACAAGUUCAGCGCCAUGAAGUAUGAGCAGGGCACUGGCUGCUGGCAGGGCCCCAACCGCUCCACCACGGUGAGUGCGGGGACCGCUGCCACAUCCCGAGUGGCUUUUUCUUCCCCUCCAGAACCUCAAGGCAUGGACCACAGACCAGCCCCCAGCAGCGCCGCCUGCUCUCCGUUGAGGACCUCGAGGCCUGCCCCGUGA